AUGAGCUACACUAUCGACAACAUACCUCCAUUAACACUUGGUUUUGGAAAGCAACCUGUCGAAGCACUUCCGAUAGAAAAUGAACCAUACUGGUUUGGUGGUUCCACUGUUUUAUUUGCAUUGGUGUUGUUGGGAAUGAGUUUAUCGGAUACUCCCACGUUAGCUCAAACAAGCAAAUGCUGCACUUGGUUAGGACAACACGGCAAGGAAGCAACGGCAGAAAAAAUAGGUGUACCUAUUCGCCAUGCCGCCAUGAAGCCAUGGGACCCGUCGCACCCCAUUACGACGGUUCUUGGCGCUGGACACCAACACAUGGGACCAUCCCACACCGUUUUGUCGCAUUCCUUUCGCAGGCACACCAAUUGA